AUCCAGCCGGAUUGUAAACAAACCAGAACAAUCAGGCACCGGUUUUUGGUAUUAUUUUAAAAUGGAUGCAGUCUACGAUGUAUGUGUGUGUGGAACUGGCCUGAAGGAGAGUAUCCUUAGUGGAUUGCUUUCGCAAAGUGGGAAGAAGGUUCUGGUCAUGGACAAGAAUGGAUACUACGGAGGAGAAGCAGCUUCACUCAAUCUUACAAAUCUUUACAAACGUUUCCGACCAGGAGAAGAACGGCCAGACAGCUAUGGGCCAAAUCGUGAUUGGAAUGUAGAUCUUAUACCCAAGUUCGUACUAGCUGGAGGAACACUAGUUAAAAUAUUGAAGGCCACAGAAACAUCACACUAUCUCGAAUGGCAAGUGCUAGAUGGCAGCUAUGUAUACCAACAUCAAAAGGCGACAUUAUUUUACGAUGAAAAGUUCAUUCAUAAAGUUCCAGCAACGGAUAAGGAAGCCUUGCAGUCACCAUUAAUGGGAUUUUUCGAAAAGACUAGGUGUCAUAAUUUCUACAGAUUUGUUGCACAAUUUGAUCAUACUAACCCAGAAACAUGGAAAGGACUCAACCCAUUCAAGGACAGUAUCAGGGCAUACUAUGACAAAUAUGGACUCGAAGAAAAUACAGUAGAUUUCCUGGGACAUGCAGUCGCUCUACACACAUGUGAUGACUAUAUGAAUGAACCAGCAUAUUUUAGCAUCAUGAAAAUGAAGUUGUACAUGAACUCAUUGAUGAGAUUUGGGUCAUCACCCUUCAUAUACCCCGUAUACGGACUAGGAGGUAUACCGGAAGCAUUCUCAAGAAGAUGUGCCAUCUACAACGGUACUUACAUGCUCAAUAAACCGAUUAAUGGAUUUGAAUUCGACGAUGAAGGUAAAGUGUGUGCUGUAAAAACAGCCGAAGGAGAAGUAGCCAGAUGCUCCAUGGUCGUUUGUGAUCCUACAUACGUAGUUGACACAUUGCCGCAUAAGGUAAAAAGUGUAGGAAAAGUUAUCAGGUGCAUUUGUAUACUUAGCCAACCCAUACCCGGAACUAAUGACGCAUCGUCUUGCCAAGUUAUCAUCCCACAAAAGCAACUCAAUAGAAAACACGACAUUUAUAUCACACUUGUCUCCCAUUCACAUGGCGUAGCAGCAAAGGGGAAAUAUAUCGCUCUCAUUUCGACAACAGUGGAAACAGCUAACCCUGAAAGGGAAAUACAGCCGGCACUAAAACUCAUUGGAAACAUAGACGAAAAGUUCGUCCAAGUAUCCGAAAUAUACGUACCUACUGAAGAUGUGGUCAAAGAUAACAUAUUCGUAUCGGAGUCCUAUGAUGCAACUUCGCACUUUGAAUCUGCGUCAAAUGAUGUGCUUAAGAUGUAUCGCGCUAUUACAGGCAAGGAGCUGGACCUGAAUUCUGUAGACAACGGAAACGAUUCCGAAUAGGACGCAAACAAUUCGUAAAUGCAACUACUGUA